GUUGCUAUGGUUUCUACAGAUUAGGAUUCAUUGUUGUUGCGCUCACUCCGAAAAUUAUUAAAAACUUUCAGAGCUUGUUCCGUCUAAAUUAUGUUUUCUUUCAUAUGGAAUGAAAAGUUUUGGCUUCCGCACAACGUAACAUGGGAUUUAAUGAAAGAAAUAAAUUCAGCUGGUGUUUCACCAACUCUCACGAAAUCUAUGGACUGCUUUUAUGCUGUAGCUGUUCUUACAGCCAUUCGUUUAUUAUUUGAAAAAGAACUUUCGAAAACUCUUAAUUUGAGCGAUCGGUCGAUUGAAGCAUGGUUUCGAAAAAAGCGUAACUGCGAAAAGUUUCCAACGAUUGUGAAACUUGUAGAAUCUGAGUGGAAGUUAUGCUACUAUACUACCAUGUUUUUUGUACGGAUUAUUUGCGUUGCACGAUUCCUACUUCUGGAUGUGAGAGAUACGAUGAUGAAUUAUCCAUAUCAUGUCUUGACCCCAGAAAUUCAUUGGUAUUAUAUGGUACAGCUUGGAUACUACACAGCUUCAUUAUUAUGGAUUUUUUAUGAAGUCAAACGAUCGGAUUUCAAAGUUCUUCUUGGACAUCAUAUUUCAACGGUUUUAUUGUUGACAUUCUCAUAUAUAACAAAUUAUCAUCGAGUUGGUGCUGUUGUUCUCAUACUUCAUGAUAUUGCAGAUUGUUGGAUGGAAGCAGCUAAGAUAUGCAAAUAUGUCAAUAAACAAUUGGCCACUGAAGUGUUAUUUUAUAUUUUUGUACCCGUUUGGAUCGUUACACGAUUAACAUACUUUCCACUGUGGGUAAUUUGGGCAACUUUUAAAUUUAGCAUCUUUGUAAAUGGUCCAUAUCCAGCUGUUCUCAUUAUGGUUGGAUUUUUAUUAGUUUUACAAAUUUUGCAUAUUUAUUGGUUUUGCUUAAUUGUGAAAAUUGCAAUACAAGUCAAAUCAAAUGGACGUCUUGUUAAGGAUUGUCGUAGUGAAAGUGAACUCUCCGAUGAAUCCAAUCAAAUAACGAAAUUAAAUCCUAUUCAUGAAACAAAAUGUUACAAUAAUUAUCAUCAUACAAACCAACCUUCAUUGAAAAGUAAUGAUGUUAGUAUAAAUAAUAAUAGUAAUAUUACUACUACUAAUAAUAAUAAUAGUGAUAAUAACGUUAGUGAUAUUAUUAGCGAUGAUAAUAAAUUAAAUCAACGUUCUAAUCACUGUAUGCAGUAA